AAAUCGUGGAUGAUAGAUUCAAGGGACGGUAUGAAAACCUGAACAUAUAACCUAAAAACAUGGCUGACUGGAACGAGUACUUUUCCAAAACCAGGCCACCAUCUAAUUUAGAUGAGGCAAAGAGAACUAUCCAGGACUUUGCUAUUAAGCAUCGUCAACUCGGUAGAAACAUUGUGCUGGUUACGAGUGGAGGAACGACAGUUCCAAUUGAAAGCAACACUGUCCGUUUCGUUGACAACUUCAGCCAAGGGACAAGAGGAGCAUGUUCUGCAGAAUAUUUUUUAAUGCAAGGUUAUGCUGUGAUAUUCUUGCAUCGGCAAAGAUCUUACGAGCCAUUUUGCAGGCAUUUUGAAGGACACAAUGCUCUUGAUCUGAUGGAGCUGCAGGUUGAUAACAAUGGGAGCUGUAGAGUUACUGUGGAUGAAUCAAGAGCACCUGGUCUGACAGAUAUUGUCCGAAGAUACAAAGAGGUUCAAAGUGGUUGCUUGCUCCUUAAAAUUGGUUUCAUGACACUUUCUGACUAUUUAUUUCUUCUACGUGCAUCAGCUGAAGCUCUGUCCCCCUUGGGUUCCCAUGUCAUGUUCUAUUUGGCUGCUGCAGUGUCAGAUUUUUACAUUCCUGAAAAUGAAAUGGCGGAACAUAAAAUUCAGUCAUCAGAAGGAGGGUUUAGUUUGAAUAUGUCUCCUACACCAAAAAUGUUAAGCCCUUUGGUGAAGGAGUGGGCAAAAUCUGCAUUUGUGGUGUCUUUUAAGCUUGAAACAGAUGUCAACAUUAUAUCAAGAAAAGCGAGAGAAGCCCUCCAAAAGUACAAUCACCAGGUUGUUAUUGCAAAUAUACUCCAAACAAGAAAGAAAACUGUUGUUUUGGUUACACCAUUUGAUGAAGUGCCAAUAUGGAUGAGUGAUCAAGAUCUUGAAAUGGGAAAAGAAAUUGAGGAAAAGAUUGUGUCAGAGUUAACACGAAGACAUUUUGCCAUGAGUUCUGCUAAUAAUGAAAACACGCAUCAACAACAAUCACCUGUUGUCAAUAGCAACGUCAACUUUUCACACCAACAAUACCACACACAGACUUCAAUGAAUGCAGCUAGUUCUGUUUCGUCGAGCAUGCCAGGGUUGGCGCCAAUUAAUGUGUACCAACCAAACGCAAUCAACACAAAAGCUGGUGGCAUGCAAAACGUUCAUCUCUUGCAUUUGAAAAGCACCAACGAUGCUGAAGUCAGUUCAGACGUAAUCACCUCAAAUUUGUUAAAGCGUUCAGUCUCUGCGAAGGAGGAUAGUGGAGGGUUGACGAUUGAAAUGCAGGAAUUUAUUCGCGAAUUUAAAACGAGAAGAGUUAACCUCGGUUACACCCAAGAUGACGUGGGAAGAGAAUUGUCUGCUCUCAAAGGGCCAACGUACAGCCAAUCAUUCAUCUCCAGAUUUGAAGGAAAGCAGCUUGGUAUGAAGGCGGCUGAUCGUAUGCGCCCUAUAUUAGAAUCUUGGAUACAAUCCAAAGAAGAAGAACAUAACAGAGGGAAUAAAUUCACAAAAAAAAGACGAAAGCGCACAAGUUUUCCUCCAGAGUAUGUAGAAUUGUUGACGGAGCAUUUCCAGAAGAAUCCGAAACCAACUAAUGAAGAGAUGCAAAUCAUUUCACAAAAACUCGAUCUCGACAUCACGACUGUAAAAGUGUGGUUUUGUAACAAGAAACAAAGUAUGAAGCGUCUUGGUCAGCCUGUUCAACGGAAUACAUUACGUGCAGAGCUGGAAAAACGAAAACGCAAGUCAGAAGCAGACAUUGCUGAUGUUUUUCCAUUGUCAGCUCACGGGCAGCUAAAAACAUUACUGCCCGUUUCAACGCCCACUGGCACGGUAACGAUGCCAUUUUUUAUUAGUCCUGACGGCAAUCCAAUACCGAUUGUUUCUGCCACAUCGGGAAAUAAUGUCACUGUAAAUUCAACUUCUCAGGCCGGUGUCACAAACCCAUUAUCAACGCAACAAAUUGUACACCUAUCUCAACUACCUAUACUCACAUCAAUGGCUGUUGUCAACAAUAGUAUACAUGGAUCUGCGACACCGGACGGGGCAACACAACAGAUUUUAUCAAACGGGCGCAUAAUUCAUCCGGGGUCAAUUCUACAAAUACCAGGGAGCUCCAUAACUGCACACCAGCAGAUGCAAGGAAAUAUUUCGCAAUCAACUCCGACAAUAAGUGACGGCACAGUCAUUAUAGCGCCGUCAGAAACAUUAAGUGCUGUUCAGGGUACCGACAAUAAUAACAGAAACAUACAUAUUUUGCCCAACACAAACACAACUAUGCCCGAGAACGGAAUGAUGACCGGUGAUACUCGCCGUCAUAUGAACCACAAUGAAAACGUUUCCUCGCAGGUGUUGAAUAAUAAUGUAAGUCACAACGUGGGCAGUAAUGUUGCAACCAAAACGGAGGAGGGCUCAGAGAUUUGUGUGUCUACGGAAACCAACAAAAACGAUAGUUUACUGCAUAGAACGGUUAUUGAAAGAAACGAAAUGUCGGUACAUGAUGGUAAAAUGAGUGACGACAAUGAUUAAAGAAAUCAGGAUAAAUACCUGACAUCGACAAGUCCGCAUAAGAGCUAAUAUUUAGCUGACGAUAAGUUUACCCUAUGAAAAAGUUAUAAUAUGCUUCACAAUUAAAUUUCAAAUUUGGUAGCCAAACUUUGUAUAUUAUUAUAGGCUUUAAAACAUAAAUAAAUAACGAUAAUCAA